GGAAGAGCAAAUACCAAGUUCAGACAGCAUCCAUACAGAUGUCAUUCUGGGUAAAGGGAUCUGCACUUGGCCUAAGUCUUGAAAAAAACGGCCUUGAAAAUUUUCAUGGGAAAACUUUUGGAGUUGGUGUUCUGCAGUAGCGGUACGAUCCUGUGUGUUCACUCAGUAGCCCUUCACGCUGGGUGCCCGCUUCUCGUUUUGCCCUCGCGUUCCUGUAGCGGCCAGGCGGGCGGACAGGGGUGUCCCCGGGGCGGCUCAGGCGAGGAGCGGCGCGGCAGGCGGGGGCAGCCCCUCUCCCUGCCCCCUCCACGUCCUGCCGAGCGCCCAGCCGAGCACUCCGCGCCCCGUCCCCGGCGGCGGGAGCGCCCUCCCCCGGCGGUGCGGGCGUCUCCGCGGCGGCGGUCGGGGGCGGACCGCGGCCGCCCCCGCCUCCGGCCCCCCGCCGGGCGCCGGCUUUAAAUGCGGGGCGGCGCGGCGGCACCGGCGCUCCCGCCACUCCCGGCACCGUGCUCGGAACACGCAGCCGGCCGCCAUGGUCGAGGCUUUCUGCGCUACCUGGAAGCUAGUGGACAGCCACAACUUCGAUGAGUACAUGAAGGCACUGGGAGUGGGGUUUGCAACGCGGCAGGUGGGGAAUGUGACUAAACCUACUGUGAUUAUCAGCAGCGAGGGGGACAAAGUAGUGAUCAGAACUCAAAGCACUUUCAAAAACACAGAAAUCAGCUUUAAACUCGGAGAGGAAUUUGAUGAAACUACCCCCGAUGAUAGAAACUGCAAAUCAGUUGUGACCCUGGAUGGAGACAAGCUAGUGCACGUACAGAAAUGGGAUGGCAAAGAGACAAACUUUGUGAGAGAAAUAAAGGAUGGCAAAAUGGUAAUGACUCUCACCUUUGGUGAUGUGGUUGCUGUUCGUCACUAUGAGAAAGCAUAGAGUGUACCUGACUUCUGUCCUGAUGUUGUUUCUGCUGGAUGGAUUCAUGUCCUGUCCAUGAUUGACCGUAGCUAAAAUGCACAUUUCUGGCAUGAAAGAUUAAUAAAGAUUUUUUUGGGGGUGGGGGGGUGUUUUUUAUAAAAAAAAAGUUAUGCCAUCAAAUUGGCAUGCUUGUGCUGUAUAGUGAAACAGGUUAAACUUGGCAUUAAAUUUCUGAAACACUUGCCUUUUUUUUUUUUUUUUUUUUUUUUUUUUUACAGUAAA